ACGUCACCGCCGCUGCUGUUGUGAACCAGCACACGGGGCAUCUUCAAGUCUCCGCAUCCAUUAACAAGCUAGCUGCCUUACACCAGCCAUGGUCCGUUACCUUCGCAGUAGCCGCCACCGCCUCGAAUGAGCUGUCAGACGGGGAGCAUGGGGACGAACUGUGAGCGCUAACUGCGACCACUCUGGCGCAACGAAGCGACUGAGGGUCUUGCGCCGCUGAUGCCAGGUGCAGGCUGCGGCUGAGAGCACUCAGGAUGAGUGGGGCUGCAGAGCACACAGACAUCCUGUCAGUGGCAGACGUGGUCAGGGACAGAUGGAAAGUGGCGAGGAAGAUCGGUGGUGGCGGGUUUGGGGAGAUUUACGAGGUCCUGGAUCAGCUGAGCCAGGCCACUGUUGCCUUGAAGGUGGAGUCAGCGCAGCAACCCAAGCAGGUGCUGAAGAUGGAGGUAGCUGUGCUCAAGAAGCUGCAGGGCAAAGACCACGUGUGUCGCUUCGUGGGCUGUGGCAGGAACGAUCGCUUCAACUAUGUGGUGAUGGAACUCCAGGGGAGGAAUUUGGCAGAUCUGCGCAGAACCAUGACCCGUGGCACCUUCACUGUCUCUACAACUCUGAGACUUGGCAAGCAGAUAUUAGAAGCAAUUGAGAGCAUCCAUUCUGUUGGCUUCCUGCACCGUGACAUUAAACCAUCUAAUUUUGCAAUGGGAAGACUAGCCAGUACCUGCAGAUGCUGUUACAUGCUUGAUUUUGGUUUGGCCCGUCAAUUUACCAACUCUAACCAGGAAGUCCGUCCACCUCGUCCUGUGGCAGGAUUCAGGGGAACUGUGCGGUAUGCUUCAAUCAAUGCUCAUAAGAAUAAGGAAAUGGGUCGUCACGAUGACCUCUGGUCCCUCUUCUACAUGCUGGUUGAGUUUACGGUCGGGCAACUUCCCUGGAGGAAAAUUAAAGACAAAGAACAAGUUGGAAAUCUUAAAGACACAUAUGACCAUCGGCUCAUGCUGAAGCAUCUUCCUUCUGAGUUCAGUGGUUUCCUGGAUCAUAUCUUGACCUUGGACUACUUCACUAAACCUGAUUAUCAGCUCUUGAUGUCAGUGUUUGAGAAUGCUAUGAAGAGCCACAGCGUGCUGGAGAAUGACCCUUAUGACUGGGAGAAAUGUGAUUCAGAAGAUGUGCUGACAAUCACUGCCACAGCCACCACUGCUCAGCAGCUCACCCGCCUCACACCAGCGUACUUGGGCAUGGCCAAUGCUUCAGUGCUGCCGGGCGAGCUGCAGCGGGAGAACACUGAGGAUGUCCUGCAAGGGGAGCGCCUCAGUGAUGCUGACAACUGCCCCCCCAUCCCCACGCCGACCACCCCAGGUGGAGAUGUAUGGGAAGAGAUGGACCGCAACCGCAACCAUAAACAAGCUCAGCAGAUAACCAGGAAGGUGGUGAGUGAGGAUGAACACAGUCAGAACCAGGGGAACCAGAGUCCCAACACAGGCUCCAUGCAGAGUUCUCCUAGGCGGGUCAGAUCUGAAACCAUGUUCUUGGAUCGGGCGGCACCGCUGCUCCGGAGGAUAAGACACAGUCAGAGCUUAGCGUUCGAAAAGAGGCUCGCACCCGAACCCAAGCCCACCAUUGAACGCUUCCUCGAGGCUUAUCUGGGCAAACAGCGUCCAGUCCUUUCGCAAGUCGGAGAGAAAUCCAUCACUGAGAGGUUAAAGGGACAGCCGACGCCAUCUUGCAAUGAGGACCACUCUGGCACAGCAACCCCUGAUCCUGAAGAGGGUGCAGUGAACAGUGGCUAUGUGGCUGUAAACCUCAGUCCUGUGCCCCAAGAGGGAGACUCGCAGGAGUGGGUGAUGCUGGAGCUGGAGCAAGGGAGCGGUUCUGGAGGAAGCAAACCUACAGCAGAAGCCGUACAGGAGGACAAGCUGGCCAUCCACAUACCCACAGAAACUGAUAACCACUCCUCUCAGCCACAUGAGGGCCAUUCCUCUGCAGUACCAAGCAGCCCUGUGCUUUCUCAGAUGGCUAUGCCUGGCACAUGGUUACUGGGCCACAGGAGGCUACCAGGCAUGCUGGGACAAAUGCCCUCUGUCAUCAUGGGAAGACCCCAGAUAGACCAGACGUCCAGCUGUGGACCACAGUCACCUGUACAAGAGCGGAGUGAUGCGAUUCCAAUGGAGGCUCCAUGUAGUAAAUCUGACAGACUCUCGGAAGAAAUCAUAAAGGACGGAGGGAGGUCGGAGUUAGCUUCGGUGCCAUGUCCAGCCAAAGGCCCCACAGCUCACCUGACCAAUGACAGAGACCCAGAGAGUGACUCUGGUCUGCCUGAUCGCUCCUCAGAGCCCAAUCAGCAACCCCAAGCUGACACUGUGGGAGGCGCUGUGGAGAGCACUGUCACGGUUUCCUCCUCUCCACCCCCAGCUGUGCUGAGGAGGAGAGACUCUUCCUCAUCUCCAAAACUGAGCCGAAUCCCAGUACGAGACGCCACUGCUCCCCCGGACCUCAACAUGGAGAGGCGUCACCGCUGGAGCAGUCCGGUCCCCGGCUCCCCCACCCACUCGCCUUCUCCAUCUCUGUCCUGCGACAACUUGCCCUGCACUCUGCCUAGAGACAAACUGUCCUCCGAGCGAGGCUCCAGGUCUGACUGUGUAGGAGAAGACCCCCUCUCUUUGUCCUCCUCAUCAGGUAGCAAAAGUAAGAUUCCACGUCCUGUGAGUGCCACGUUUAUACCCGAGCAACUCACAAGCAGGUUUCUGCCUCGGCCGCCCCCUGGAAAACCGCCCAUCCGCCCAUGUGUGGACAGUAGGCGGCGACGGUUACGAGUGCGUGCCAGCAGCACCAGUGACGCAGACUUCCUGGCCAGUCUGACCCAGCUGAUGCAAGACCGCAGCGGGAUGCUUUUCAGCCCCCCUCCCCGCCCCCGCAGCUCCUCCUCCUCCCUGCAGCGCUCACUAAGCUCCUCCCCCUCCCGCCAGGAACUGCGUGAAGGCGUCACACUACCGGGGCGCAGCCGCUCUCCCUCUAGCUUGUCCGGGUCCCCUCCUCGGCACGCUCACCCACAAGACGGGUCUGGUCCGGGUCCGGGUCAGUGGAGCCACAGCUCCAGAGGAAGACACCUGAUCCAUGAAGGUAAAGGUUCUGGUACUCGAUGACUGCGUUUGACUCAGAAAAAGACUGACGCGAGAGGCUGCCUCACAUCCAGCCACUGAUAGCAUGUGUAAAUACAGUAUUUACUUGAGGGAAUGUACUUGUACUGUAUGUAAUGUAAAAUGUAUGAUAAAUUGUAUUUAUUUAUUUAUUCAUCUAUUGGACAUGGCUCUCACAAUAUUUGAAGACGUCGCUUGAUCAACUGCAGUUGAAACAAAAAAAGGUGAAGAAAACCUGCGGGGGGGAAAAACAGAAGAUUGCCAACUCUUACCUCUCAUCUCAUUCUUUCCUCAAAGACUCUACGUACUGUAUAUGAGACCAAAAACAUGUCGAAUACUUGAGGGAUGUAAAAAAAAAAAAAAAAUUAUCUGCUAAUUGUAGAUAAUGUAUUAUUAGGAUUAUGACGUACACUAACAGAAACCAUGCACUCACUGUAAGAAGACUAAUAGUAAAUAAGACCACAAACAAAAUACCAAGAUAAGGGCACUUCACUCCUUUAAAACCGCUCAUUUCUACUAUAUAACCAACAAAUUCAUAAUUUUGGCAAAUCACAGUGUUGUAGUGCGCGUUUACUUUGCUAGACUAUAUUUGCCAUGCGAACGACAUCAGCAUAUUAGAAUGUAAAUGUACAGUAAGUGCACUCAUACUUCAGUAUUGUAUUGUAAGUGCAUGAGUAUCAUUGCAAAUGUUUAUUUUUCUGUUUGGUUUUUUUUACAAUCGGUUAAAACAUCUGCGUUUUUAUUCAACUGCUUCUGAUCAAAAUACACCAUAUUAUAUGCUGUAGACACAACAAAGUGCAUUUUUAUUUCCCAGGAAAAGGACAAGAGACAAAAGCAGAUUAAAGAGGGAACCUUUUCAUCAUGA